GUUCUGCAGUUCGCUCUCUGCACGAAAAAGCAUUCAAAUCUCUCUCGCUCUCUCUCUCUCUAGACUCCGAUGCUUUAUUCCUCUGUUUCUCUCUCUAGAUUCUGUGCAUUUAAUGCUCGCUCUCAGGCUUGAUCGAAAUCCAAAAGCAAUAGAUUUGUAUUCGAUUCGGCUCAUCGAUUCAGGCACUUUUAUAAUUGUUCGAGAAAUGAAGAUUGAAUCUCGGAGUGGUUGAUUCUAGGUUUUUUGUUUUUUACAUCUCGUCUUCAAUGGCGAUUCGAGGCAUAGAUUUCAAGUGGUACGAUGGGUUUUUCUUGUCAAUGCUAGCGACAAGUAUAAUCAUCGUUGCAAUCAAUUGGAAGCGAUAUCAUCCUUGUAAAUACCCUCUGCACAUAUGGAUUGUGGUUGACUACACUACUGUGUUUGUGUUUCGGCUCUUGAUGUUCGUAGAUAAUGGGCUUGCUGCUGGAAUGGGACUGGAUUUUGGGUGGCAGCAGAGAUAUGCACGUUUUUGUGGACGAGUAGUGGUUCUUUCAAGUCUUUCUCUGCUACUCUAUCCAUUUCUGUGGACUUGGACUAUUAUUGGUACCCUGUGGUUCACUAGUGCAAGAAACUGUUUGCCUGAAGAAGGCCAGAAAUGGGGAUUCCUUAUUUGGUUGCUUUUCAGCUACUGUGGACUCCUUUGCAUUGCUUGCAAGUCUAUGGGGAAGUGGUUAAUACGAAGACAAGCACACUUACUACGGGCUCAACAGGGUAUUCCUAUUUCAGAAUAUGGGGUACUGGUUGACAUGGUUCGUGUACCAGAAUGGGCAUUUGAAGCUGCUGGCCAAGAGAUGAGAGGCAUGGGCCAAGAGGCGGCUUACCAUCCUCAACUAUACUUGACUACAGCUCAGAGAGAAGCAGUAGAGGCACUUAUUCAGGAACUCCCAAAGUUCAGGCUGAAGGCUGUUCCUACUGAUUGCAGUGAAUGUCCCAUCUGUCUAGAAGAAUUCCAUGUGGGAAAUGAGGUUCGUGGCCUGCCUUGUGCUCACAAUUUCCAUGUAGAGUGCAUUGAUGAGUGGCUUCGUCUGAAUGUGAAAUGCCCACGGUGCCGUUGCUCAGUCUUUCCAAACCUUGACCUCAGCGCGCUAUCCAAUAUCCGGCCUGAUUCUGAACGGUCAUCAUCUGCUAGUGUUUUGACAACAACCCGUUAUGUGAGAACCCAACCUUCUUCUAGCCAGAGUUACCUGUUGAGAUUGCAAGGUCUACUCCGACCAGUUCGCACAGGAAGUGUAGGGCCAGGCAGUGAUGCAGAUAUUGCUUUGGAAACUGCUGAAAAUGGAGGUCUGCCAGUGACAAUUCAGGGCCCCUCAAACAUGGAGGGUGGGAAUCCUGUGGAAUCCGCGCUUGUUGUGCAGUCAACUCCACCUCAACAAUAGACUUUUUUGUUGGACUCUAUUGUAAUUAGCAGUUGUUGCUUCAUGUUCUAACCACAAAUAUGCUGAAAUGAAGUGUGUCCAUUGACUAGUUCUGUUGACAUGAGUUUUGUUCCGAAAGCAUAUCCAUGGUCUUUUUUGGUAACCAGAAAAGAACAAUAGUUUCAUAUCAUCAAAAAUGUACAAGCUGCAUAUGGUUCUAUACAUUUUGUAUGAAAAGUCCUUCACCAAAAAAAAGCCCAAAUAUCUUCUUAUGUU